AUCAGAAUGUCUCUCGACACAGGCAGAUACAUUAUUCAGAAUGUCCGCACCAUGAACUUCCUGACCCUCCCGGAUCCCGAUGAUGGCACUUCCAUCGUAGCCACUGCUGAGGAGGCUGAUCAAGCCAGGAGGUGGAAUGUGGUCCAACUAGGCAAUGGGAAGUAUACAAUUGAGAAUCAGACUCAUGCCUCGUACGCGAAUACCGGCUUCCGUCCGUCUGAUGGAGCAGAAGUGGUUGGGAGAGCGAACAAACAACAGUUCAGCAUUUCAGAGACGAGGAAGAAAGGACUAUAUACGAUCUCUCCCACGGAUUCUCAGCUUUGCUGGGGUCUGGUCGAUGAUCAAGAGGGAACACCCUUGACUUUGUCGGCAUCAUACACUGAUCCCCGCAAUCACUGGCAAUUCACUCGAGUUCGAGUGUAACGGCGCAUGCAGUUAGUAGGCUAUGACUUGUUGGUGGCCCCGAGCUGUUGUAUUGUUUGCCCCCUUCAUGAUAUACUGUUUGAUUGCAUGUAUUUCUUGUGAUAG